UUUACUAUCUGGUGUUACGUGGGUUAUUUUUCAUCAACGGGUCAAACCCCCGAUAGCAUUAUCAGUUUAACUGACAGCGCGAAUCGUUACAUUAUCAGUCUAUUCGUUGCUCACGUACAGACACGACGUCCACAUAUUCUGCACUUUGGUGUUGGUUUACUUACCGUGUUGCGAGGUGGUAUUCGUCAAGAGCGAUGGAUUACUCGAAAUUUACGAGUAAGGUGUCCGAGAAACGGACGGAGAAUUUAAUCCGUACGAUGGCGGCAAUUUUCUUCGAAAAUCCAGGUAUCAUCCCUUUGGCCGGUGGCCUUCCAAAUACGGGCACAUUUCCAUUCAAAGAAAUAAAGGUAACUUUCAAAGAUGGAACGCAACAUCAAUUUGUAGGGAGUGAACUUGGCACAGCCCUUCAGUACACUUCUUCCAAAGGAUACGAUCCGUUGAUAAAGAUUUGGCGAGAGUAUCAACAACGUUGGCACUCGCCACCGCGGGACGAUUGGGACGUCGUUACCACCACGGGUGGUCAGGAUGCCGCCAGCAAACUUUUUGACUUAUUUAUCGACGAAGGAGACGCCAUUAUGGUUCAGAUUCCAACGUACACCGGUACUUUAGGAGCGAUCCACGCUUUCUCGCCGGAGUUUUACGGUAUUACGCAGGACACCGACGGUGUCAUACCAGAGAAAAUCGAGGAGAUAUGCGAGGCGAGGAAAAAGGCUGGGCUUCCUCAACCGAAGCUGCUCUUCAUCAAUCCGACCGGUUCUAAUCCCACCGGUACCGUAUUAACGGAGGAAAGACGAGUAAAGAUUUACGCCCUGGCGCAAAAGUACGAUUUUCUGAUCAUCGAAGACGACCCCUAUUACUUCGUGAGUUUUCUCGAAAAACGGUCGACUUCGUUGCUGUCUUUGGACACCGACGGGCGCGUCAUACGGCUGGAUUCGUUCAGUAAAAUUCUCAGCUCCGGAAUGAGAGUCGGUGUGCUUACAGCGCAUAAGGAUAUCGUCCGGAAAAUCGUCACCCACAUCGACAGCUCGACGCUUCAUGCGCCAACUUUAUCCCAGGUACUCAUCCACAAACUACUCGUCCUUUGGGGCCCCGAAAAAUUCGAGAACCAUUUGAAUGACGUUCGAGACUUUUACAGGGCGAAACGAGACGUUAUGACUGCUCUGGUCGAAAAACAUCUCACCGGUUUGGCGGAGUGGUUUCCUGCCCACGGUGGAAUGUUCAUCUGGGUUAAAAUCACGGUGAUCGAUGACGUUUACGAUCUGGUAUUGAAUGAGUUCGUCGCUAACGGGGUUCUCGUAGUACCUGGACACGCUUUCUUCUACGACCCUUCGAAACCCGAUCAGCACAUAAGACUCAGUUAUAGCUACGCUGUACCCGAUGAAAUAGACAAGGCGCUUGGAAUCAUCGCAAAAUUGAUAAGAGAAAAAGCAGCGAAAAAAGUGACCAAUGGGAACUGAUAUUGAGAUUCGAAACAACUUAGGUAGAUGCUAUCUUCAAGGAUUCCGAACGAUCUUGGGAGUCUUCGAUCAUAAUGAUGUUGUUAUGGCUAAAUAUACCACGAUGAUAUUUGCUCGUUUUCGAUAUCCCCGCACGGAUGUUUUUAAACGAGGUUCAUAAUAACCAAUUUACCAAAGUUUUAAUUAAUUUAAUACACAUCAGCAGCGCACCGACGAUAUAACAACCUCGUAAUGUCUUGUAUAGGUAUACGCGGCGUUGUCGCUUAAGGACAACCGGCGAAAAUAAAAACGAAAUAAAAAAAACAA